AUGAUGCGAAUGGUGACGAUGGCAACGACGAUGCCGACGAUGAUGAUGAUGGUGAAGCUUGGUGAGGUGACAAUAGCAGCAAUAACGCGUUGCUUUUGGUUGUUUGCGCCUAGUUUGCUCGUUGAAAAAGCUAAAGCAACAAAGAGUGCACGGCUGGCACACGUUGGUACUAAUAAUCCGCAGACGUCGCCACAACGAAUUCACACCACCUGA